AGCAAGGAGAGCCAUGAAGGACUUGAUAUGAGAGGGGUGAAUUUCAAUGUAACCAAGGUGAACACUGUUGAAGAAUGUCAAAAACAAUGUACAAACCAUGCCCUCUGCCAAUUUUACACAUAUGCCACACAGACGUUCCACAGAUUGGAGUAUCGAAACACAUGUCUGCUGAAGCACAGCCAGUCAGGAUUCCCUGAUAUGAUCAAGAUGGUGGAAGGCUUGGUGUCAGGAUUCUCCCUGAAGCCCUGUGGACUUUCUGAUAUGGGUUGCCAAAUGAAUAUUUUUCAACAUAUGUCAUUUUCUGGUGAAGAUGUUGGCAGAGUGAUUGCUCCGGAUCCUUUUGUAUGCCGCACUAUUUGCUCCUAUUAUCCAAAUUGCUUAUUUUUUACAUUCUUUACAAACACAUGGCAUAUACAGCCACAAAGAAAUAUGUGUUUUCUUAAGACAUCAAAGAGUGGAAAACCAAGCUCUGAAAUACCACUGGUCAACACCACCUCAGGAUAUAGUCUUCUAAGCUGCAAAGAUUUGCCUGAACGAUGCCAUUCCCAAAGGUAUGUUGGUGUGGACUUUGAAGGUGAUGAGCUGGAAGCUGUCUAUGUUAAAGGAAUUAAGGCUUGUCAAGAAAACUGUACAAACAAAAUCCGCUGUCAGUUUUUCACAUAUACAUCCCACCAAGGAGAAUGCAAGGAAGACAGGUGUAAAUGUUCCUUAAAAAUUUCUUUGAAUGGUUCUCCAACUAGAAUAGUCUAUGGGACAGAAGGUACCUCUGGUUAUACUUUAAGAAUGUGUAAAACGCCAAGCAUCUCUGUCUGCACAAAGACAGUAACUACAAGGAUUGUUGGAGGCACUAGAUCUUCCCCACGAGAGUGGCCAUGGCAAGCCUCCUUACAAGUCAAACUGAGGACACAGAGUCAUGUGUGUGGAGGCUCAGUCAUUGGGAAUCAGUGGGUCAUAACGGCUGCCCAUUGCUUUGAUGACUUACCAUCACCUGAUAUUUGGAGAAUUUAUACUGGCAUUUUAAAUCAGUCAGAAAUCCAGGCAGCCAUACCUUUCUCCAGGGCUGAAAAGAUUAUUAUCCACCCUCAAUAUAAAAUUUCGGAAACAAUACAUGAUAUUGCUUUAAUCAAGCUUAAAGCUGCCAUGAAUUUCACUGAUUUCCAAAAACCUAUCUGCUUACCCUCAAAAGAAGACAUGACUUAUACCACCUGCUGGGUGACUGGAUGGGGCUUCACUCAGGAAAAAGGUACAAUCCAAAACACUCUCCAGAAGGUCAGAAUUCCCCUAGUGCCCAUUGAAGAAUGUCGGAAAAAAUACAUUCAACAUAAAGUAACUGAUCAGAUGGUCUGUGCUGGUUAUAAAGAAGGGGGUAAAGAUGCUUGUAAGGGAGAUUCAGGUGGCCCCCUGUCCUGUUACCAAAAUGGAGUAUGGCAACUAGUUGGCAUCACCAGCUGGGGAGAUGGUUGUGCUAAAAAGGAUCACCCGGGUGUUUAUACCAAAGUGGCUGCAUAUGUGGAUUGGAUUUUAGAGAUCACACAAAACUGACCAACUCUCCUUGAUGAAGCUAGCUGCUUGUGAAUGGAGGAGAAACUUGAUGGAUAUAAAAAGGACCACUGAAGUGGCUUGAAGUCAAGAAUAGCAAAUGAUGAGCUAAGAGAAACUGAAGGCUCAAGAGUUGGCUGCAGGAACUCAACUCUGGCAAAAACAAACAGGAAUCUUGGAGAUUACAAUAAAUCAAGGACAAGAUGCCACCAUCUCAGCCUGUAACUGAGUUCUCGAACUUUGACCUAUGUUGUUUUUCAGUUAAAAAAAUUAAAGAAAGACAUGGUUUGGCUCUUA